GCAUGCGCAGUGUUGGCGGCGGAACGGCCAGGGGAUGGUAAUGAUGGCGUGCUCAGCGGCUCGUGGUUCUGCGCGCUGGAUCUCUGUAGCGGUGUUUUCCUGCCCUCAGCGGACCGGCUCCGCUUUAACGCCCUGCUCUAAUGGACCGGCGGGUACUGCAGUCCGGUUCGGGAGCCGGUGGUUCUGGUCCGGGGUUGGUACGCCUCAGGACGGGGCGCGGAGAGCGGUGACAUUGAGCUGGCUGUCGGGUGGGAGCUCACUUCAGUCCAUCCCCAGGCUAUCAUUCCACACCAGUGCUGCUGCCAGUAAUAAACAGGACUUCUACCAGAUCCUGGGGGUGCCACGCACAGCUUCACAGAAAGAGAUUAAAAAGGCCUAUUACCAGAUGGCAAAGAAGUAUCAUCCAGACACCAACAAAGACGACCCUCAGGCCAAGGAGAAGUUUGCCCAGCUGGCUGAGGCUUACGAGGUUCUGAGUGAUGAAAUGAAGAGGAAGCAGUACGAUACGUACGGGUCGGCCGGGUUUGAUGGAGGACGGGCCGGAGCGAAUCAGCAGUACUGGAGCGGCGGGGGCAGCGUGGAUCCGGAGGAGCUCUUCCGCAAGAUCUUCGGAGAGUUUUCUGGAGCGCAGGGGUUUGGGGACUUCAGCUCCAUAUUCGGUCAGCCUCAGGAGUAUGUGAUGGAGCUGACCUUCACCCAGGCUGCUAAAGGAGUAAAUAAAGAAAUUACAGUUAAUAUUGACGGAACCUGCCAACGCUGUGAUGGCAAAGGUCAUGAACCCGGCUCCAAGAUCCAGCACUGCCACCAGUGCAACGGCUCAGGAAUGGAGACGGUGAACACCGGGCCGUUUGUGAUGCGCUCUACCUGUCGGAGGUGUGGGGGGCGGGGCUCAGUGGUCACCCAUCCAUGCACGUCCUGCCGCGGGACGGGCCAGACCAAGCAGAGGCGCACCGUUAUGGUACCUGUGCCAGCUGGUAUUGAGGAUGGACAGACUGUUAGAAUGCCGGUGGGAAAUAAAGAAAUCUUCAUCACAUUUAGGGUCCAGAAGAGUCCUGUGUUCAGGAGAGAUGGGCCAGACAUCCAUUCAGAAGUUCAGAUCUCUGUUGCUCAAGCCAUUUUAGGAGGGACAGUCCGAGCGCAGGGACUCUACGAGACCGUCAAUCUUUCUAUUCCUGCUGGCGUCCAGGCAGAUCAGAAAAUUAGGAUUUCUGGGAAAGGCAUCCCGCGAGUGAGUGGAUAUGGUUACGGUGAUCAUUACAUCCACUUAAAGAUCAAAGUCCCAAAGAAUCUGAGUGAUCGACAGCGUUCCCUGAUUAUGAGUUAUGCAGAAGAUGAAACAGAAGUGGAAGGAACUGUGAACGGUGUCACCACAACCACUGCAGGUAAAAGGUACACAGGAAACUGAGAGAGCAGGUUCAGGUGAUCAGGGAUGGCGAGGAUCAGGGCAGCUGCAGCAGAAAGUCUACAGAAGACUCGGACGUGGACACGGAAGAGAGUGUGUGGCAAGACUGAGUAUCCUCAAGCUUCUGGCCAAUCACAGCACAGAAGAGGUGGAUACCUUCUGGAUACACUGUUCCCGGUUCACUAGAGGAAGAUGCUGUUUUAAUAAAAGCCUCGAUAUCACAACCUUAUUUUAGAUUAUUAUGUGAGUAUGUAAAUGUGUGCAGUAUCUUUCCAGUCUGGAAUAAACUAAAAAGGACUUCUAGGAACAAGACAGUGGAUGUGUCCCAAUUGUGUACUAAUUACUAAUACUAAUUACUAGUGUUUGAGUAUGUAGUGUGUAUUUUAUAAAUACAAAAGUAUGUAUAUAAAGCUGAGUAUGCACAAAUAUCACAAUACAUACUCAAACGACUCAACUGAUCGAUUAUUUAAUAUUGGUUACAGUGGACACUAGAAGGGGAGGAGCUACUCGCAUCUGUAACAAUAGUGUAACAAAAGCAUGGUGGAUAACAGUGCACUGUAGCAUUUUACAUUUUAAUACAUUUAUCUAUUACAGCUUAGCAUUCCGCACCCAGAGCUCACUGGCAGGUAGUGAUGAGUGGUGUUAUCCACUGUGCCACACCAGCAAGAGAACAGAAGCAGUCACAUAUAUUGAAAUAUAUCCACAUUUUAUCACUGUGUGUUAGCAAAAAACAGGUUAGUGUGUUAAUAUUUAUUAUACCACAGUUAGUUCCGACCCUGCAAUGUGAUUGGCUAAGAGGCUGUGUGUUCUAUGAGUGCCAUUAUCAGCCGGUAAUGCACUGUAACCGAAGCUCCGAACCAUGUAUUACUCCGCCACAUACAGGUAACCUACAGGCAACAAUGCAGCGCUUACAAGCCAAACAGCGCAGCUACAAACAGAGCAGCAAUGGAACUAUUUUAACUGGCUGAGUGUUUAUAACCAAACAGAUUUCUCCAAAUUUCUCCUCUUCUUUAACUCAAAUUGUUUUAAUAAACAAUUGAUAAUUGAUAAUGGAACUGUGGAACUCGAGGUUUGUGCCUGUAUUACACGUUCUAGCAUUUCUUCUUGUGUAUUAUUGCUUAAGUAUACCAAGUAAUACCAAACCUGCACUAUUUAAUAUGAGUAUAGGGUCUAUACAUUCUAGUGUCAAUAGUGUCUAGUGUAAUAGUACACAAUUGGGACGCAGCCAUGAUGUUCCAGUACAGAAAAUCUACUUUUCUAUUUUCUCCAUUGAUUAUGCAGCACACUGUUGAUUAAACUAAUAAACUCUAUCUGUCUGAGGAGGGAAAACAAGUGCAUGUGGGCGGAGCUUGUACUCAGUUGAUGCCAGGAUUCUGUACAGUACAGUACAAUACAGUGAGUCCCUUAAUUGUUUUCUCAUGUCUUAACACUGAAUUAGGUGUGUGCAAACUUUGACUGGUACUGUAAACUGCAAACAAACAUACUAUUAAAAGUAAAUACAGUAAAUUGCAAAACAAUUACAGAGUAGACAAAGUAGAUCCUCAGAAUUUUUGUGAUAUUACUGUGUGUACAGUAUGCUAGGGCUGCACGUUAUUGAAGAAAAAUUUACAUUGCAAAUUGCAAAACGCUUUUUUGCGUCUGGACCAAUCAAGAGCUGAGUCAGGGCCGUGCUCAACUCAAAACCCGAGGAAAACAGCAAAACAACAGUAAUCGGCCCUUUAAUCAGGCAUUUAAAUGGCUUUUUAUAGGUAAAUAAAGAGUGUUUUUUCUGGGAUUAAAAGCGUGAAUUCAGCUGUAACUGGAAAUAUCUGCACUGCUAAACUGUGCUGGACUGAAGGGCACAGCUUUCCACACGUGCUCACGUUUACAAGCACGUGCCCAACCAUGUGGAUGGAGGCCAUUUGGUUACCUUAAAUUUACUCGUACUUGCGCUUCUCAGGCAGCAGCAGCCUGUCUCUCACACAGACACAGAGACAGCGCUGUGUAUCUACUUCUUGUCUCAAGAAUCAAGACAUUGCAACAUGACAUGUCUGAUUUAAUUGCCUUAAAAGUGACAUUGCACAUCCUGUGAUGUGACUAUUGUGCAUGCACAUAUCAUGAUGGCGAUGCUUAAACGAUAUAUCGUGCAGCCCUACCUGGUGUCAUCUUCAGAUCACAGAUUUUACUGAAAACAUGGCUGAAUAGGCUCGAUUCUGUCUGAUUAGCUCUGUACAGUAGCUCCAUUAUGCUAUUAUCUAUUAUAAAGCUGUCAGUGUGUGAAAAUGUACAUCCAUCUUUAAUAAUAGAAGAUGAGAUUAUAUAAAAUUAUAUAAAAGGUGUGUUAAAGUUUGUGAUCAAACAAAAAACACAAAGAGGAGAGCAGAGUUUCAGUUCAGUUAUGGUUUUAUUCCUCACAGAUCAAAAAGAAAAUUUACAGAGUUGGGUAGAGUGGUGUAGAAUAAUACAUAUUUCCUUAUUAUUAUUAUUAUUAUUAUUAAAAUUAUUAUUAUUGCCCAGUCUGAUUCACUCUUAUGUUAGCAAUAAGUUACUGUUGCAGAUGUUAAAGUCCCCCCUGUUCAACUACAAACAUAGUCCUCGUUUUUAAUAAACAAUAUGUGCAAUAUGUAGAAAAACGACAGAAAGAAUGAACUGCUGUCUUUAGCUUCUGAACGCUGCGGAGGAGGAGUAACAUACUGUGUUGUAAUAAAAUACUAUUACCCUUUAA